UCCCCGCAAAUGCCAUCAUCCAUCACGAUGAUGUUGUUAUAAACAAACAAUCUCUCGUUGGUUAAAACUUGGAGUCGCAUUCGCAUCAAGUUUAGAUCUUCUUCCAAAUACUCUCUUCUUGACAGAUUUCAAGACCAAGCAACAAUGGGCUCUCUCGCAAACAUUGCUCUUGUUCUCGGUGUUCUUACUGCCGGUGGUGGCAUCACUGGCUACGUGCGGACUGGAUCUAUACCUUCAGUUGCAGCUGGCGUAACUGUCGGCUCACUUUACAUCCUUGGCGGCCUGCGCAUCCAGCAGCGCGCUACCUACGGCGUGGAACUUGGUCUGCUCGCAUCCGUCGUUCUCGCUGGUAGCUCUAUCCCUCGCGCGAUCAAGACUGGUAAACCUCUGCCUCUUGCCCUAAGCAUUUUGGCGACCUUUGGGCUGUGGACUUUCUAUAACGCAUUCUCGAAACGACAAGUGGCCUAGACAUGGCGCGAAGAAGAUGAUAUUCCAAAAAAAAAAAAAGCUGGGCAAAAGUCGGCGGCAACAUGUAUACUACGAACGAGAGGAAUGAAUAUGUUAUAUGGCAUG